UCGCUUUCUUUUCCUUUUUUCCAUGUUAAUAUUAAUAUGUAUGUUGCAGAAGAAAUUGCAUGAUGCAUCAUGUGGUAUCCAAGGUCACACGGAGGGCAUUUUCGUUAGCCGGAUCCCUAUGUUCAAAAACUUCAUGUUCAUCAAUGGUCGCAAAAAAACAUUAUUUUAGUGCCAUCUCGGCUUUGCAAAGACAGGUUGAUAAUACUCGAAAGGCUGCAUUUUCUGGAAAUCUGUUGAGGUGGGGGCCACCAGGAUAUUGCAGAACAUCGAGUUUUGCAUCCGGGUUCACACCUUUGCAGCCCAAGUCCUUGGAGUCGAUUAUAGAUAUCAGCAGGGCUAAGAGCAAAUCCUCUGAGGAACUUGCUGAUAUUUGGGAUGAUUGUCACCUGGGAAGGGGUCAUAUUGGUGUGUCAAUGAGUGCAAAGCUGUACCAUCUCUUGGAGCAAAGAACUUCAGAUUGCCGUUAUUUUGUGAUCCCAUUGUGGAAAGGAAGUGGCUACACAACAAUGUUUUUGCAAGUUCAGAUGCCACACAUGCUUUUCACUGGCCUCGAAGAUUAUAAAGCGAGAGGGACCCAAGCUGCUCCGUACUUCACGGCCACAUACUACAAGGAAUUUGCCGACAGCAAGGAUUUGGUGCUUAUCCGUGGUGACAUAGUUUUCACCAGCAAGCUGAGUGACUCAGAGGCAAAAUGGCUUUUGGAGACUUCACAAUCUUUUUACCUAAAUGACGUCAGUGCCAUCUCGGCUUUGCAAAGACAGGUUGAUAAUACUCGAAAGGCUGCAUUUUCUGGAAAUCUGUUGAGGUGGGGGCCACCAGGAUAUUGCAGAACAUUGAGUUUUGCAUCCGGGUUCACACCUUUGCAGCCCAAGUCCUUGGAGUCGAUUAUAGAUAUCAGCAGGGCUAAGAGCAAAUCCUCUGAGGAACUUGCUGAUAUUUGGGAUGAUUGUCACCUGGGAAGGGGUCAUAUUGGUGUGUCAAUGAGUGCAAAGCUGUACCAUCUCUUGGAGCAAAGAACUUCAGAUUGCCGUUAUUUUGUGAUCCCAUUGUGGAAAGGAAGUGGCUACACAACAAUGUUUUUGCAAGUUCAGAUGCCACACAUGCUUUUCACUGGCCUCGAAGAUUAUAAAGCGAGAGGGACCCAAGCUGCUCCGUACUUCACGGCCACAUACUACAAGGAAUUUGCCGACAGCAAGGAUUUGGUGCUUAUCCGUGGUGACAUAGUUUUCACCAGCAAGCUGAGUGACUCAGAGGCAAAAUGGCUUUUGGAGACUUCACAAUCUUUUUACCUAAAUGACGUCAGGUACAAGCUGGUCGAACCAUUCAACAAACAGACUCGUGAUUUCGAGUUCAAGGAUGUUUUGAAAGCAAAAAAGAAGUCGGGAAAGACUUCGCGAUACAGGAAAGGGAAAUCGAAUGCGAAGAAAGGUGGCAAAGGUACAAAAAAGAAUGUUAGAAAAGGAAAGAAGGAAGGGGAACAAGAAAAGGUUUCUCCUCCGACUGGGAAUCAGGUUUCUCCUCCGACGGGGAGUAGCUCAAGAUAAGGUUCGAAAAUAGCUGAAAUUAUGCACCUAGACAUUUUGUGAAAGCUGUAAAAUGUCUGAAAUUCAUA